AUGAGUCAAAACUCAAACACCUAUGGCAUUGAAACAAAUGCCAUGACUCUACAGAGAUUCGUACUUCGUGAACAACGGAAGCAUCCAUCAGCUAGUGGUGACCUUACGCAUCUGCUCACGUCGUUGCUAACCGCUUUCAAGGGGAUGCGAAAAGCUGGUUUAGCACAUCUUUAUGGAAUCGCUGGAAACACAAAUAUACAAGGGGAAGAGGUAUCGCAUUUGGCACAUGUACAGACCCAUCGUAGUCGCCUUACAGAAACAGUUAAAAAACUCGACGUUUUGAGCAAUGAACUCAUGAUAAAUAUGGUACGAUCUUCGUACACUAGUUGUGCGAUGAUUUCCGAGGAGAACGAAAAUGUGAGUUUCUUCUCGUGUGAGUAG